AUGUAUGACCCAGAAAGUGGGGCACAUAUUGAACAGCUCUGUGAUGGCUGUGCAACACAGGACUCAGGCAAGGAUGGAGAACCCUGGAAUGCUUGGUUCAGCCACUCACUUAAGCAGCUUCGGAAGAAUUAUUUCAUACCAUUCCUGAAUGUGACAGUUUGGCACCUCAUGUCCUGGUUCUAUAAUGGGUCCACACAGAAAUCCCAAUCUGAUCUUAAUAAUCUGGUGCACAAUGUUAUCCUGGCAGCAGACUUUGAUUGCAAAGACCUGCACAGUUUUGUUGCUCAACAAGAACUAAGACAAAUGGAUGAAUCAACACUCAUUUCAUCCAACUCAUGGUACACAACUAGUGUUACAAUCUGGCUGCCCUGUGAGGGAGUUAAAGUGCACAAAGAAAAUGCCCCCAAAUUCAAGGUCGAAGAGCUCCACUAUCACAAGCUCACUGAUGUAAUCAAGGCUGCCUUUGCAGAGACAGCUGCUGAAGAAUAUAAUGUGACCCCUUACAAGUUAUUUUGGCAAGCAGAUGAUGACACCAUCCCAGAACAAGUCUUUGGUGAGGUCUACAUGGCUGACAUCAUGCUCCAAGAACACAAAACAAUUAAGGCACAGCCCUGA